GCGGGUCGCCGUUGGCCGGCGCGCGCCCGAGGGCCCGACCCCGCCCUCAGCCUCCGGACUUGGCCUUUGAAAUAGCGGACCCGGUGCGCUUCUUCGGCGCGUGCGCACCACCUAAACAAAGACCGGCGGUGAAGCAUGCGCAGUCGAGAUAAAGACCCCGGGCUUUGCGCGUGCGUCUUAGUGCUGGCUGAAGCCUAUCCUCUGGGCCCAGAACCUCUUCCUGCACAUGCGCAGAAGGCUCAAUGACAGUCGCGUGUCGGCUAAGGCUCUGGGAAAGGGGGCUGGCCAUGUUGCCCGUGACCUGGUGGGGGUCCAAGGUCCGAGUGUGGUCCCUGGUGCCUGCUCUCCUCGGGACUCCCCGGGCUCUGUCGUCCCUGGCGAACAGGAUGGGGGUGUACCGAAAGAUGUGGAACCCCACGGAGCCCCGUGACUGGUCCCAGCAGUACCGUGAGCGCUUCAUUCCAUUCUCCAAGGAGCAGCUGCUCCGCCUCCUGAUACAGGAGUUCCACUCCAGCCCAGCAGAGAGAACAGCUUUGGAGGCAUUCUCAGCUCACGUGGACUUCUGUACCCUGUUUCACUACCAUCAGCUCCUGGCCAGGCUGCAGGCCUUGUAUGACCCCAUCAACCCUGACAGGGAGACCCUGGACCAGCCGUCCCUUACUGACCCCCAGCGUCUGUCCAGCGAGAAGGACGUGCUCCAGGCUCUGAAGCCCCUGCUGGCACAGGCCAACUUCUCUGCACUCUCUGAAGAUGCCCUGGCCUACGCGCUUGUUGUCCAUCACCCUCAGGAUGAGGUCCAGGUGACAAUAAAUUUGGAUCAGUAUAUCUACAUGCAGUUCUGGGCCCUGGGCCAGAGAGUUGGGCAGAUGCCACACAUGUCCAGUGUGGGUUCCAAGCGUGGCUUCUUCAGAAAGUUGCCCCCUGUGGAGAGGAGAUAUUUCAAGCGUGUGGUGUUGGCUGCCCGGACAAAACGGGGGCACCUGGUUCUGAAGAGCUUUAAGGAUACCCCGCUGGAGGGCUUAGAGCAGCUGCUGCCUGAGCUGAAGGUGCGCACGCCCAUGCUGCGGCGCGCCCUGAUCAACCUGAUGCUGGUGGUCUCGGGAGUUGUGUUCUUUGUCAAUGUGGGCAUGGUGAUACUGUCUGACCUCAAGAUGGCCACCUCCCUGCUGCUGCUGCUCUUUGCUGUCUUCAUGGGCCUCAAGGCCUCCAAGGUGUUUGGGCAGCAUAGAAGUGCCCAGGCGCUGGAGCUGGCACACAUGCUGUACUAUCGCAGCACAUCCAACAACUCAGAACUGCUCAGUGCCCUGGCACUCCGCGCACAGGAGGAACACAUCAAGGAAGCCCUACUGGCUCACAGCUUCCUCACCCGCCGGCCAGGGGGCGCCCAAGGCCUACCUGAAGAGACCUCCAAGUGGCUACAGUCUGAAGUGGAGAGCUGGCUUCUAGCCCAGUCUGGCUGUGAUGUGGCCUUCAAUGGACCUCGAGCCCUGGCCCACCUGCAAGCCCUGACCCCCAGCUUUGGAUUGUUCCCACCACCUGAGUUGCCAGAACUUGACCCACUGGUCCUUGGUACUCCAGAAGCCCCGCAGGCUGCUGCACCGGGUGGUAGCUACCCCUCACCCUGACCACUUAGGACCAGGCCCAGCACUGGCAGGGUGCCAAGCUCUGCCUCCUCCACAGCAAGGUGUCAACCAUGGCAACUGUAUCUCCUACCUGGACUCUUGGUUGUUGACAGGCUAUUAUUUCUGCUAGACCAUUAAUUUUGCAAUGCUAUAGACUUAAGAGUAGCCAAUCAUGGCCUCUGGCAGUUGCUAAGCAGCUUCCUGAGGCCAGCCAAUCGAAGCUGUUCAUUUCAGCUUGUAUUUUAUUUCUCAGCCCUCCCCACCAUGGCCGGGUGGAGGGGGCGGGGCUUGGGGAGGUGUGACACAGCUGCCGGAUCGCCAAGGCUGUGCAAGCUGGGCCUGGAGGCCAUGCUUCAUCGUCUGUUUAGCCUGCACAGGAACUGCCUGCCACAUGCACCUGGGCGGGGCCCACUGCAGCCUGCAAGCCGUUUGGUUCUGGCACACUUAGGGUAACAGACACUGGGCACUUCAAGCAGGAGCAGCAGCCAAUCAGAAUUCCUGGAGGAAUGCCGUGAAUCCAUGUGAGAUGAGCCAUCUGUUUUGCAACUGAUCUGUUCUGGUUGAAGACACUGGGAACUUCCUGCCCCAAAGAAGACAGUGGGCCUGCAGCAUUCCACCCCAAGAUCACUCUAGCUCAGGCUCCAGCAGGCUCCCAGGCCUCUCUGCCUUGCUGCAGAAACCACCUUGGCUUGUGCAAUACUUAUCACUUUACCUUCUUCCAAAGGAAUAAAUAAUGUUUAAUAAGUCUGGUUAGUGUGGCUGCAGGUGAAGGGGUUUGGUCAGAAUCCUGGAAAGAGGGUGUGGCUGGGUCCCAGACGGGAAUCUUAGAAGCACUGAUGCCUGAGGAAAGCUUUGAUUGCAAGAGUCUGGGUCUCCAAGGAGGAGACUGGGCAGGAGUGCAGAUUGCCCAGCACACAGUGGUAGACAGCCAGUAGCAGGGCCUGUGAAAUCCAGCUGGUGCCCACUGCCUGAGUGGGGUGGGUAUUCUAUUGGCUGUAGGGUGGCCUUUGUUGGUGUGGGAAGAGUUAGGCUCUAGAAAGGAGAGGAGAACCGUUUGCAAUAGGAAGCAGCUCUUUCAGUGGUCGAGUCAGAGAGAAGGUAUGGAAGAGACCAUCAACUCAGAAAUGUAAGGCAGCUUGGGUCCCUGAGAGCAGGGAGACUGAGAUUGAGGUCUAAUGAGGUCUUCAGGGAGGAAUGAGAUGCAGCCUGAUCUUACUUAGCUAAGCUCCCUCAGGCAGCUGGCUCCAGCCAAUGUCCCAGGGCGGAGAGCCUGGGAGUUGAGCUCUGGAUGAGACUGGAGGGGAUGGGUGUUGUUAAGGAAGGAGGGAGGGAGCCAAGUUAGGCUUGUGGUUAAACGGAUUUAUUUUCUAGGGGACACAGCAUUCAUUCCCGUUUCCGAAGGUGGAUGUAGAUGAUGCCACUGACCAGGGCGAGUGGGAAAGCCACCCAGGCCAGGACGAAGCAGUAACCGAAGCUACCCCCAGGGGGGUGCUUCUUCAGGAUCUCCUCAGCAUGGAGAGCAUAGAUCAGUGCCCCAGAGAACACGGCUGCACCUGUGGAACGAGGAACAUAGCAGUGUGAGGCUGGGUGUGCAGGGAGGCUACACUGCCCUGGGUCCUCAGCAGUACCCCAACCACCACAGGCCCCAACUGCUGUGGCUUUGGACACCUUGUUUCACUUCUGGUCCCCAACUGAUCAUCUGUGAAACAGGCCAUGGCAGCUAUCCAUCCAUGG